AUGUCGCUGUUCCAUUUUCAAGAAUGGUUCUACUCGGAAGUGCCGGAGGGCCGCACAAUUUGCUCAGCGAGGCUGGUCGGAAGAAGAGGUAAGGAGGGUAAAUUUGAGGGAAUUAAGAUGUAUAAGCCAUGUUUUGGUACUUCAUAUAGGCUCUGGAGGUACUUUAGACCAAAUUUGAUCCGAAUUUAGGGUCAAAGCUGAAAAUAAUUAUAUUACUUUGGGCAAGAUUUCGAUAAAAAUGGACUAAAAUAAGGUCGGGAAUACAGUUUUAGUAAAUAAAAAAGCUAAAAAAAAGCGAGUUAGAGUAUUUACAGUCCGAAUUUUAUCUAAAUUCUUCUAAAUUUAUAUUACUUUAGGUAAAAUUUUGAUAAAAACUUGACUAAAGUAAAGUUGAAAAUACCGUUUUAGCGAAUAAAACGGCUCAAAAAAGUGAGUUAGACUAUUUGCAGUUCGAAUUUUAUCCAAAUUCUUCUAAAUUUAUAUUACUUUAGGUAAAAUUUUGAUAAAAACCUACUAAAAUCAACUCAAGUUUUUGAUUUUUGGUCUUCAAAUAGCAUAAUAGGACUGCUACAGCAAUAUCUAGAGUGAAUUCCAUCCAAGUUGAACUAAAAUUUAUAUUAUUUUAGACCAGAUUCUGAUCGGAUCCCUCAAUGGAACCCUAUCAAUUUUUGAUCCCGGUAGAGAGCCGGAAAACCGUCAGGAAACCGCAUUGAUGUUGGAGAAAGAUCUCAGCUCUCCAAUCUUGGAUAUCAAGGUUGGAAAAUUCUUGGGAAGUUACAAUGAAGAUCUGGUGGCGUGUUUGCACCCAAAAACGUUGAAAUUCUUCAGAUUGAACACUGGUAAGAGGGGAAAAAAUAUUGAAAUUGUUGUAAAAUACGAUAUUGGAGUUGAUAGAGGGCUAAAGUUUAAUUUUGAACUUUGAAUUCAGAAAAAAAAUCCAUUUUGAAAAGUUCAGAAAAAAAAUCUCGAAAAAAUUUCAAAUCCUCCUAAAAUACGGGUUUUUUUAUAGGUUGUUCAAAAUGAGAUGUCGGAUUUUUUAAUUUAUUCGUAUUUUUUUAUAGGAUAGCUCAAUUCAAAAAUGGAAAAAGGUAUAGAGUAGUAAAUUUUAAGAGGAUUUUUUCUGUAUAUGUGCUAUUCUUAUAAAAGUUAUCAAACGUUACCAUAAGUUACCACGAAAGUACCCUAAACAUGUUAGUAUAUUUUAAACCAAUUUUUUUACAUAUUGUUUUGCGGUCUUAUCCAUUUUUGAAAAUAUUUUUAUAAAAUACGUUAUAUUCUAUCAAAAAACAAAAAAACCCCCAUUUUUGGCAAAGCGUUAAAACGCUAUCCCAAAAAUUCAAAUUUCAGCAAAUUUUACAAAUCGUGUCAUAUCUUUUUUUAAUAAGUCCAAAAUAAAAAAUUCUUUUUGCUUUCGAUUAGUAACAACAUUUUUAAGGCUUUCGUGAAAAAAAGACAUCAAAAUCUUGAAUUUUAUUUUUUGGUCAAAAAAUGUCAAAAAAAUAAAUUUUUUGAUUUUGAUGUUUUUUGUCACAAAAAUCUUAAAAAUGUUGUUACUAAUCAAAAACAAAAAGAAUUUUUUAUUUUGGACUUAUUAAAAAAAAGAUAUGACACGAUUUGUAAAAUUUGCUGAAAUUUGAAUUUUUGGGAUAGCGUUUUAACGCUUUGCCAAAAAUGGGGGUUUUUUUGUUUUUUGAUAGAAUAUAACGUAUUUUAUAAAAAUAUUUUCAAAAAUGGAUAAGACCGCAAAACAAUAUGUAAAAAAAUUGGUUUAAAAUAUACUAACAUGUUUAGGGUACUUUCGUGGUAACUUAUGGUAACGUUUGAUAACUUUUAUAAGAAUAGCACAUAUACAGAAAAAAUCCUCUUAAAAUUUACUACUCUAUACCUUUUUCCAUUUUUGAAUUGAGCUAUCCUAUAAAAAAAUACGAAUAAAUUAAAAAAUCCGACAUCUCAUUUUGAACAACCUAUAUUUCGAUUUUAAAAAAAGUCCACCCGCAAAUCAAUUUUUUUACGAUUUGCCUUCCAUUUUUUGAUUCUCCCCUCCGAAAUCUCCCCAAAAAAUCGCAAUUUUCAGCCGACGAUGUUUCCUACACUCUGGACCAAAUCUUCGAACACAAACUGAAAGGAACCCCGGCCUUCAACAUGUGUUUGGGAGAGGCCACCAAAAAUAAUUACUUCCAAAUCUACGUGCAGAGUAUCAACUGCUCUCUGACCAUCUACGAGGCCGAAAACCAUGUUUUGGACCGCCAAAUGCAGAACGCAAUCCAUCCGGGACCCAUUUUGUACGCGCAGUCGUCGCAGACCCUGUACAAUGCGAGUGGAGGGUAUUUGUCGGCAUAUCCACAUAGUAGUUUCACUACUAUUAGUAAUACUAACAAGAAGUUGUUGGUGAGUAACGUCAGUGGGGACCCAGAAUUAAAAAAAAUUAAUUCGUAUUUUAGGCGGAAAUUUUGAAAACGUUUUCUCUAUGAUCAAUAUAUCACUCCCUCAAAGAUUUAGCCUCCUGCUCUUUACAGUUUCAACCGAGAUAUUCAACAAUAUUUGUUGACUAGAGAGUAUGGAAAACGAGGAGAGACGUUUGAAUUUUUAGAAUUUUUUGAGCUAAAAAUCUGGAUAGUGGUAAAAAAUUAAGAAUUAUUGAUAGAAUAGAAAUGUGGGAUUGGACAUGGAAAGAAACAUAAAAUAAAAAAAGAAUAAAUAAAAACAACAAAAAUUUUUUUUUCCAAAAAGUAGUAAAGUGACGGAUCUGAUCUAGUGGCAAAAAACGUACCAUUUUGCAUCCGGGAAGUAUCAAAAAAUGUACAAAAUGCCUCCCUCUCCAAGUGAAAAAACUCCGAUUUCAAAAGCUCUUUUUGUGAGGGAAAGGCGCGCUCUUCAAAACGGAGUUUUUUCACUUGGAGAGGGAUGCAUUUUGCUACAUUUUUUGAUUCUUCCUGGAUACAAAAUGGUACGUUUUUUGCCACUGGAUCAAGUCCGUCACUCUACUGCUCUUUGAAAAUUUUUUUUUGGAAUUUUUAUUUAUUUUUUUUUAUUUUAUGUUUCUUUCUAUGGCCAAUCCCACAUUUCUAAUUCUCAAUUUUUUACCACCAUCCAGAUUUUUAGCUCGAAAAAUUCAAAAAAUUCAAACGUUUCUCCUCGUUUUCCAUCCUCUCUAGUCUACAAAUAUUGUUGAAUAUCUCGGUUGAAACUGCAAAGAGCAGGCUAAAUCUUUGAGGGAGUGAUAUAUGGACCAUAUAGAAAACAUUUUCAAAAUUUCCGCCUAAAAUACGAAUGAAUUUUUUUUGAAAAAAAAAAUUUUUUUUUGUUUAGUGCGAAUGGACCUAUAAUUUGGGCGAUACGGUGGUCGAUAUGGCCAAUAUGGAUACUCCUCCGGUUCAGCCAUCACUUGUAAUUUUAUGUCGAAGAAUGUUGUAUUGCAUUACCCAUGGGGGAACUCCCAGGUUUAUGAUACGCUUUCAAUUCGUCGCAACAACCAUUUUGGUUUAUAAAACAAGUAAGUAAGGUCUAAAAAUCAUCAAAAACAUCCAAAAAGGUUCAAAGGAUUUUUUGGCACUUCGAAAAGUGAAAUUUCUGAAUUUAAAAAAAAUUUUUGAUUAUUUUCAUAAUUUUUUUUUUCAGAUGACUCUCCGGUAACUCAAUUUUGUGUUGGAACUUCCACAAAAACCAUGUUGUUUUAUCAGGACACGACCAUGGUGUGGUCAGCUCAAUUUUCUUUUGUGCCGGUUGCAGGUAACAGAUAAUUUUAAUUCAAAGACUGGCUCCCGCAACGAAAACUUGUAAAUUCAAAAACGACCGUUUUUAACGAUGAAAAUGCGCUUCUAGUUUACAGUUUACGACAAUUUUAAUUGUUAACACAAACUUUUUUUUAAUUUUUGAACUUUUUCGCAGUUUUGAGUCCCACCACGAAAACCUGAAAAUUCAAAAAAAGCUUGUUUUCCAAACAAAAAUGAUUUAGCUUUGUCUUUUGUGACGCUGAUAUUCCUGUAACACACAUUUUUAAUAUUUUGUGCACCAAUUUUUGAGUCCCACCACGAAAACCCUGACCCUCAAGCCAACUCAAAUUUUCAGUAAAAAUCUGUUCGUUUACCGAAAAUUACCGUGCCAUGAUGACAGUCCUCUCGGAUGAAUGUCGUCUGAGCGUCGGAUAUCUGGGCACAGAGCCGUCUUUGUUUCGAAUGCCCAUCACGGAGACAAGAUUCAUUGAUUUCGAGUCGCGCCGCAAAGAAAUGGAGGAAUUCGAAAAAGUCAUCAAACGAUCCUCCAAAGAAACGACUAGUUUGGCCUCAGGAAGAGAGCUGGAACUUCAAAUCGGAAUCGUUAUGGAUGCGAAUUCAGUGGCGAUAGACACGUUCGAGGGCGCAACUUCCGCUACUAUCAAUAUAUCUGUCGAGUCUCAGGCCCCUAAAGUUGACGUAGUCUUCCAAUCAGAGUGUUAUACGAAUCCGGAGAGCUUUUCGACUGGAUCCGGUGAGUGAAAAUGGGAUUUCUUGGGUUUUUUGAGAUUUGAUGACAUGGAUAAUAUAUUUCAUGAAAAAUUUAAUGGAAUUUUAUCAAAUUUUGCGUGCAGAAAAUUGAAAUAGUUAUAUUCUUUAUUGUAUAACAAUUUCUAAUACAAAUCAUCCAAAAAAUAUGAAAAUUUAAAAAGUCAUGAUGAUUGAUUUUUUGGAAUUUGGCCAAAAAUUAGUGAAAUAAUCUAAAUUUGGAAGUGCCAAAAUUUUUAUAGAACCUUAUAAAGUCAGUAACCAUGGUGGAAAUCUCAAAAUACUCUGUAAAUCACCGUAAGUAGCUGUCACGAUGACGCGUUUUCUGGAAAUUCUAUGUAUCCUAAAAUAUCCUAAAUUUUCAGGAAGAUAUGACGGAAUGACGAUGACAGCGUUCGUCCAAGGCCGACCUGUGAUGGACAGUCGAUUUGUAAUCACCGCAGCGAGCUCUACUGGAGGUAAAAUACGAAAUAUAUGAUUUUGAGCCAAAUCUUUCAGAAUCCUCGCUAAUCGAAGGAAACUUGCCUCUAAACUUACUCUGUGCCGAAGUCGGAGCCCUUCGAACCGCUCAACACAAAUUGUCACUGGACACACAGACUAGUGGGAUCGAAAUCAGAGAACUUUAUCCAGGUGACAUUUUAUACGAAAAUUUUUUUUAUUUUAUUUUUGAUUAUUUAUGGUAUUAAGAGUGAAGACAGAAGAUUUCGGAGGAAAAUUUUGAAAAUUUUUCGAAUUCACUUUUUUUUCGAUUUUGGAGUAAAAAUUUUUUUUACUCCCAAAAAUGCCAAAAAAAAAGUAAACACGAAGUUUACUCCAAAAUUUGAAAAAAAUUUUGAUUUUCGGGAGUAAACUGGGAGUUUACUCGCCGGGGCCGAGAAAUCGAAUGGCGGCGAGUAAAUCUGGAUUUUGCUCGCUUCCAAUGCCGAAUCCUGACUGGGAGCCUCCCAGUCAGGAAUCCCGCGAUUCCUGCAGUCAGGAAUGUUUUUGACUGGGCGGCCUCCAAAUCGACAUCCCAGUCACCUGAGACGAAGAAACGGGGAGAAAAAACGAAGAGAGCGAGAGAAACGCGCGCUAUUUCGUGCUCUCUCUGCCUCUCUGCGCCCUCUCCUCGUUUCCCGCUCUUUCGCUCUCUCUCUCCUUUUUUUGCGCUCUCUCGCUCUUUCUCCCGAAAAAGAGAGAGAGAGCGCGAAACGGAAAGAAGGCGCUGAGAGGCAGAGACAGCACGAAAUAGCGCGCGUUUCUCUCGUUCUCUUCGUUUUUUCUCCCUAUUUCUUCGUCCUAGUCAACAGUUAUUGACCCCUCACCCAGUCAAGAAUCGCGGGAUUCCUGAAUGGACCACAGUCAGGAAGUUUUGACUGUACGAAGAGUCAGGAACCCCGCGAAUCCUGACUGGAGCCUCCCAGUCAGGAUUCGGCAAAAUUUUUCGAAAGUUAGGCGCGAAUUACUAACGCAGAUAAAAAAAUUUUUUGCGCCCAGGGGUCAACUGUUCCCCGGGAGUAAACUCUGGAUUUACUCGCCGGCACCUUCGGCGAGUAAAUUCUGAGUUUACUCCAAAAAAAGGCGAAAAAAAAAGUAAACUCGGAAUUCACUCCAAAAAUGGAAAUUUUGAAAGCUAUUUCGAUUCCUACUCGCCGACCCAUAAAAUUUCUCGAUUUUUACUCUCUUUUUCAAAAAAAAGUGAAUUCGAAAAAUUUUCAAAAUUUUCCUCCGAAAUCUUCUGUCUUCACUCUUUAUUGUUUAAAUGGGAAUUAGGUUGUUUUUGGAUUAGUCAUGUUGUAAUGAGGGAUUUUGUUGAAUAAAAUUAUUAAAAUUUUCAAAAUCCAAAUUAUUUUAUUUAACCACUUUUUUGAUGACUAAAGUAAUAUAAUUUCUUGAUUUUUAUGCCUCAAUUUUUUAAUUUAAAACUUUUAGUCUUCUUAUUAUUCAACAGCUGAUGUUAUGAUGACGGGAUUUCCUGAAUUUUCAAAAAUUUUCUCCAAAAAAGUUCGUUUUUUUGCCUGAUGUCUAAACCAAUAUAAUUUCUUUCAGAGUUUGAAACCGAAAACCAAAGUUCUUUGGGCCUUCAGCCCUUUGGAUCCGACGUGGUGAUCUCAUUAUUCAGCGCGGCCAAAAACGGCCGAUAUCGAAUACAAUCCGACUCCACGGACUUCCUUUAUCUCAUCUUUGAGGACCUCGUUCGGAGGAUCAAAAAGAAACAGCCUGAUGCCAAAUUCAGCUGCCCAGUUCCUUUGCAUCUGUUUGUCACCGGGAUCGUCAAACAAGUUGAGGUAAGAGGGCACCAUUUUUUAGUUUUAAAAAAUCGACUUUUCAUAGCUUUUUGGUAAAAAAAAUUCGAUUUUUUCUGCAAAGUGCGAGGUAAAAUUUUCUAUUAUUACGUUUCGUACAGUAGCUAUUUACAUUUACAGUAAGUUUCAUCAAGAUCUGAGGUGAAAUUUUGAUGCCAUUUUUUAUGCACAGUGCAAAUUUUAAAAAUUUCAAAAUCCGAAAUUUUUGGAUUUUGAAAUUUUUUUAAUCUCUACCCUCCAUGAUGUCUAAUCGUAAUUUUUCAGCUGGAAAAGCACCGUGAAAACGAGCGAAAGGAAGUCCAACGCGUAUCGAUUCAAAUGCGGCACGUGGAGACGAUGCUUUUGAACAAAUUGAAAGCCGAACGCGACGAAUCAAUGGUCUCGAUCAACGUCCUGGUCAACUAUACAUAUCGCGAGCUUCUGACGGGAAUGGAUCGGCUGAAGAGCGCGGAAAAGGAGUGCGAAAACCAUCGGAUUCAAGUGCUGAAGCCGUUGUUGAACUUGAUGAAGUUGGUGUUGGAGAUGAGCGACAUCAAGCUCCCGUUUGAUGGGAGGAUCUUGGAGGGAAAUGAUCAGGUAAUUACACAAUUUGAUCUAUUUUGUCAUUAAAAAUAAUGAUGACUAUUCUUUGAGAAAUUUCCAAAAAAUCCGUCAUGUUGACAUAUUUAAUUGCAAAGUUUUUAUGAUGUCUUGGUUUGAAAAUUGGCUUUUUGUAUUAGGAGUCACAUUGUAAACAUCGUAUUUUACCUGUAAAUAUGAAUUUUCGGAAAUUUCCAGAAAAUCAGUCAUGAUGACAUAUUUUAAUCAUAAGUAUUUUGAGAUUUGAUAUGUAAGGAUAUGCUUGCUAUGUGGUAGUCGUACUGCAAAAAAUUCUUCACAGUGAGAGAUCGCUUUAAUCGGUCAUUAAAUACAUAACGAUGACGGAUUUUCUAGAAUUUACUUAAAUUGGAGUAGUAACCCCAAAUUUUGAAAAUUUUUGAUGACAAAAAGAAGUAUAGCAGUAAAUGCCUCAUUUUUAGUCCCUAACCGAAUCUUUGGCCCCUCUUCUUGGCCACACUGGCAAUGCUUCGGACCUGAAUGCAGAAGCGAUGACUCAAUUAAUUGUUGGAUUCUGCGAACAAGGCGGCAGAUUGGCCAAUAUCACGGAAAUGCCCGAAGAAGAGGAGGAGGAGCAGGUCGAGAACACAACCGACGACCUGGUCCAGCUGGAAACUGGAGCCAUGGGAAGCAGUUUGAUGAACAAUAACAGUAUCGGAUAG